GGGUCUGAGACAUUUUAAUAAUGACAUGGUAGAAGACAAACCACUGUUUUAUGUUUUCGAAUUUGAUUUAAUAGCCUGGAAAUGUUAAAAGGAAAGGAUAGCAUGUGGUUUAGCCGGCUAGCAAAGAUGGCGCCUCCUUAGCCUAGAGGAUGACGCAGUAGAUGGAGGCGGGCUGGAGCGCCUUUCAGCGCGUUGUUCGAGUCAAACAGACGUACUUACGUUUACGUCGACAUUUACAUACUUGAAAUGAACAGAAUACGAAUUCACGUUUUACCCUCAAGUCGUAACCGGACAACCCAAGCAAGCCGACCCCAGGAGCCCCAGGUCUGCUCCUUCACCCAGCGACCAUGUUCACAGCCUCGCUUGGAGGGUCUGGAGUUCUGUAUGAAACACAUUCUGGAGGACAAGAACGCCCCAUACAAACAGUGUAGCUACGUCUCUGCCAAGAAUGGCAAGCGCUGCCCCAAUGCUGCGCCAAAGGCCGAGAGGAAAGAUGGAGUAACAUUCUGUGCGGAGCACGCUCGUAGGAGCGCCAUGACCCUCCGAGCGCAGAUGAGGAAGACUUCUUCUGGUCCAUCUCCAGAGGCUUUGUUGUCUCAGCUCAGUAGCUACAGUCGUGGAGAGACGCAGAGUCAGGACGGAGGGCGCUCCGAAGCUAGCCGAGUUCUUGAUGAAGACAGUCUUAGUGAGGAGGAGCAGGGACCUUUAGCGUUAGAUCAGACCUGGAGAGGAGAUCCUGACAGCGAGGCUGACAGUGUAGACAGCGACCUUGAAGACCCUCUAAAGCAUGCUGGAGUUUACACUGCAGAGGAAGUGGCGUUGGUCACACGAGAAAAACUGAUCCGGCUGCAGUCCCUCUACAUCGACCAGUUCAAACGCCUGCAACACUUACUCAAAGAGAAGAAGCGCAGAUAUCUGCAUAAUCGCAAAGUGGAGCAUGAAACUCUUGGGAACAGUCUGCUGACGGGGCCUGAAGGUCUGUCAAUAAAGGAGAGGGAGGACUUGAAGAAGCUCAAGGCUUUGCGCCGAUACCGUCGCCGCUACGGUGUGGAGGCGCUGCUGCAUCGGCAGCUGAGGGAGAGGAGGUUGGCGGUAACGGAGGGAGUCCCUCAGAACAAACCAGCAAAUGACACAUGCAUCUCCUUCAUGGAGGGAACCAGAUGUACCAAUCCUUGCCUUCCAAUGGCUCGUCACUGUGUUUCACACAUUUACCAAGACAGCAACCAGGUUCUUUUCAAAAUCUGUCCCGGCAUUAAAGAUGUCCCGUGCAGCCGCACGGUGCACAUGGGUCAGUCCGACGAUCCGCGCUGCCUUCUUCACCUCGCCUUGCCUCCGCCCAUGCACCAGCCUGAGGAGGAACCUCCACCGCAGGAGCAGUUCACACCAGCAAGCAAAGACAUGUACCUCAGUGCUGCAGAGCUUCAGCCCACAGAGAGCCUUCCCCUGGAGUUCAGUGACGACCUGGACGUUGAAGGAGACGGUAUGCAGGGCCCGCCAUCACCUCUGCAGUUUGACACAGCUCUCGCUCUGGAAGAUCAAACUAUCAGAGCUAUUGCUGAAGCGCCAAUGGACAUCCUAACCGGAGAAGAACCGGUGGACCUGGAUGCCUCGGGACAGGAGCUUUCCGAAAGAGAUGUGGAUGCCAUCAUGGAUGACCAGGUGGCGUCAGAAGAUCCCACAAGGAGCUCGGUUCCAGACGUCCCCACUGCUGCAGGCCACACUUCACAAUGAGCAGCGCAGAUCAAACCAGCUCAGUGACAUGGAACUAUCGGUUAGAGCUCUCACUUCUGUUUUUAUGCAACGGAAGAAAAAUGCUGAAAGACCAACUUUACUUCUCUAACGCGGCCAGAUUUACUCGAGAUCCUAAAGAAAUCGGAAAGCUCCAGUUUGUGUCAACUCAACCAACAAAUGUGUCAUUGUACUUUACGCUUCCAGCUGUGGUUCCUUCUAGAAUGGAUUUUGACAAACAUAAAUUUCUGAAAAUGUACCUGUAAAACAAUGUUUCUCCCAGGUUCUUUAAAAAAAAAGUCAUUAAAGUUUGUCCAGUUUCUACAAUGA